AUGGCUGAUCAAAUCAUUACAUCCUCCAUGAGUGAGGUGAGGCUGAGGAGGUACGUUGGAAGGCUGGUCUCGGAUGCACUCUCCCUUGGAUGGGAAGAGCAGAAGGCAGCCUCUCUCCAUGACUCCCUGGUUCUCCGACAGGAACAGAUAGGGAGAGGGGAACCAAACCCAACGGACCAAGAGGCUCAUCUAAUUGUCUAUCCCUAUCCAUAUCCAACCACUCCCAACCAUUCAUCCAGCAUCCAACUCUGUUCGCCCAAACCCAAUGAGAUGGAUCUGGAUCUGACCACCAACACAUUCCACCCUCCAGCUCACUCUCCAACCUCUGUAAUCAGUCAGUCCUAA